AGCACAGAGCAACACCCUGUUACAGAACACAGUAGACUAUGCUUGCAUCUGUUUACAAUCCUUCAAUCUUCUUUCUGUUUCCAUGGUCGUCAUCCCCUAAACAUGGGUUGUUUAGUUCAUGGAAACAAUUUUCAGGAACUGGGUUGUGUUUGUAUGAUAAUGUGAACAAACUAACAAGAAGAAGAGGUCCAAGACCAAUACCAAUGGCUUUUGGAAGCAACACAGAUGAGGCUGAAGUGGGGGUUCUACUUGGGGAGAGGCUUUAUCUUGGACUGGAUUUUGGUACUUCAGGAGCGAGGUUUGCGCUCAUCGACAAGCGAGGGACAAUUCAUGAAUAUCCUCAUUUUAUGAGUGAAGAAAAGGUGGAUUGGGCUCGUUCAUGGAAAGCGACACUCUUCUCACUACUUGAAGACAUUCCAUCUCAUCUCCGCAAGCUAGUUGCUUCCAUUUCCAUUGAUGGGACUUCUGCAACUACUCUCAUUGUAGACAGCAACACAGGGGAACCAUUAUGGAGACCUCUCCUAUAUAACGAGAGUUGCCCUGAUGCUUUACCAACAGUUAAGUCUAUAGCUCCUCCAAACCAUACAGUCUGCUCUGGUUCCUCCACUCUGUGCAAGCUUGUCUCAUGGUGGGAGAAUGAUGAUUCAAAUAAAAAAUCUGCACUUUUGUUGCACCAAGCAGAUUGGCUUUUGUGGCUUCUUCAUGGAAAGCUUGGAGUGUCUGAUUAUAAUAAUGCCCUGAAGGUUGGUUAUGAUCCUGAGCUUGAGUCCUAUCCACCUUGGCUCCUCUCUCAGCCAUAUUCACAACUUUUACCUUCUGUCAGAGCUCCUGGAACUUCAAUUGGUCAUUUGAAAGAGGAUAUAAGAUCAGAUUUUGGUUUCCCAAAUGAUUGUGUUGUAUGCACAGGAACCACUGAUAGUAUAGCAGCCUUUCUAGCAGCUCGUGCAACACAACCUGGGAAAGCUGUAACUUCUUUGGGUUCGACACUUGCCAUAAAACUGUUGAGCACUACUAGGAUUGAAGAUGCACGGUUUGGGGUGUAUAGUCAUCGCCUUGAUGAUAAGUGGCUUGUUGGAGGUGCUUCAAAUACUGGUGGAGCAGUUCUUAGACAAAUUUUUACUGAUGAGCAACUGGUGAAGUUGAGUGAACAAAUUAAUCCCAUGGAAGCCUCUCUUCUAGACUACUACCCGCUGCAAACAAUUGGCGAGAGAUUUCCUGUGGCAGAUCCGAAUAUGGCUCCUAGGUUAGAUCCACGUCCAGAAAGCGAGGUUGAGUUUUUGCAUGGGAUUCUUGAAUCCAUUGCACGCAUAGAGGCAAAAGCUUACAGCUUGCUGAAGGAUCUAGGAGCAACUCAAGUUGAUGAAGUGUUCACAGCUGGGGGUGGCGCGAAAAAUGAGAAAUGGACAAAGAUAAGAGAGAGGGUACUUGGCUUACCUGUGAGUCGUGCAACUCAAACAGAGGCUGCUUAUGGAGCUGCUUUAUUGGCGUUGAGGGGAACUGGUGAGAAAUGAAUGUAUUAUAUGUAGCAUACUAGCAUGUAUAUCAGGUUGAAGGUGGUGAAGAAAGCUAACAUUUCAAUGAUGAUAAUUGUAUACUUAUUCAUUUGAUACCAAUGUCAAUAUAAACUUAGGC